UUAUAUCCCAAAACCCAAAUCCUCAGCCAGAGGCAAUUGAAACUCCAUUUCUCUGCCACAAAAAGCUCCCCCGCCCCAACUCCCCUGGGAUCAACAGCACAAUUCUAAACCCAAAAACAUAAAAAAAUGGCAGCAAGUGUAGCAACAAUGGCGAUGCUCAAUGCAAAAUGCCUAAGCAUCAGCUCAACUAAGAUGAGCAGCCCAACAAAGCCAACCCCAAAGCCCUUCUCCCUUCUCUCCAUGCAGAACCUCCCCAAAGGCCUCACCAUCUCAAAACCAGCCAACAACUCAAACCUACCGUCUUCACUCGCUGGCAGCGCCAUUGCUGGAGCUAUCUUCUCAACCUUGAGCUCAUGUGACCCCGCCUUAGCUGCACAGCAGAUUGCUGAAAUAGCUGAAGGAGACAACCGUGGGCUAGCUCUAUUGCUUCCCAUAAUCCCAGCGAUCGCUUGGGUCCUCUUCAACAUCCUCCAGCCAGCACUUAACCAGCUGAACCGAAUGAGGAGCUCCAAAGGGGUUAUCAUAGGGCUAGGGCUCGGAGGAUUGGCUGCAUCAGGGUUCAUGUCAACACCGGAAGCAUCGGCCAGUGAGAUAGCUAUGGUAGCUGAUGCUGCAUCUAGUGACAAUAGGGGUACCCUUCUCCUCUUCGUUGUAGCACCAGCUCUUCUUUGGGUGGCCUACAACAUUCUGCAACCGGCUUUGAACCAGCUUAAUAGGAUGAGAUCUCAGUGAGAUUGUGGAUCUUGUAUGGGGUGUAAUGGCAUGUAAAUUACCUGUAAUUGCACCUUAUGUUAAUGAAGCUUUCUUGUUAUUUACUUUAAACAAAAAUAACAAAUUUUCCUUGGUUAUAGUUCCAUUAA